AUGAUCAUCAAACUUACCAUAGCAGCUCUUACUUUCUCUGCUUCCACACAAGCGACAAUAACGAUUCUCUAUCCCAAUUCGAAUGCCAUUUGGUAUAAAAACAAUACGGUUCAUAUGAAUUGGACAUUAUCUGACCCCGCUAAAGAUAUCUAUCCUUUCAGAGCGUAUUUGAGUAAUGGUGACCAAUCACUCUUGGUGGGUAAUCAUAGUAUUGCCGAUAGUACUCCUGCACAACAUCAAGAUGUCAGGAUCUUACUUCCUCAAAUCCCAUCUGGACAAGGUUAUAUGGUGAAUCUAGUCAACACCACAGACGAAUCUCAGAUAUUCGCUACUUCUGAAUCCUUCGAAAUCGCAGAUGGGAUAGCAUCAACAUCCACCACUUCUGGAUCUUCUACCUCAAGUGUUACUUCAACUGUCAUCGGUGAUAUCCCAAAUGCCAAAACCCAAACUUCAUCAUCAAACCCAUUCCCAACUGCUGCGACCACUUCUGCAACUACCUCUUCAGCUCUUUCCCUCUUCAAUGGGCUGGAUGUUGUGGUCGUACAAGGAUUAGCAAUUAUUAUUUUAGGUUUGGGUGCAGGUCUUUCUCUCUAG